AUGUCUCGAUUUUAUGCUAAAAAAGAGUUUAAUUCUGAAUACUAUACUUUACUUAAUGGAUUAGAAUAAAGUUUCUUUAAGGAGGAUAUUGAAAUAAAGGAUUUGAUGCAAUUAAUUUUAAGUAUAGCUGAAUUAGUUGAAUAUUUUGAUUUGAAAAAAGAUCCUAUUAAGAAUUAUUUUUUGGAAAAAAUGCAAUAUAUUCUUUCCAGACCUUUUACACUUUGUAAUUUAAAGAAGAAAGAGGAUGAAAAUACAAACAAUAAGGAAAUGAAAAAGUCACGUCAUUCUCAUUUCUCUUCAAAUGUUUAAAAAUUAGAAAUGCAAUCAUUGUUACAAAGCAACUCUGAAGAAAAUGAAGGAACAAUAAAAUUAUUAUAAGAAGUAAAAUAUUUAAUAAAUAAUUAUAAAAGGAUUAUGAAAAGUAAUUAAAUGAUCAAACUUAAUUAGUUUAAAUGGACUUGAAUAAUUAAAUAGGCAUAUUUAAAAAUAAAUUAAGACAUCGAAAAAAUAAAAGUUUAUUUUCUCCAUCAAGCAGAAUUAAUAAUUAAGAAGAUUAAUAAAGAAGAUCGAUUAGAUAAAAUACUUGUCUAAGUAGUAAUUCAAAUAGAAGAUAGAUUAUACAUGAUGAUAAUAUUUGUUAAAUUCUAACAUAACAAAAUCAAUGA